AUGCUACAGAAGGGAAACAGUGGCAAAUGGAAGGUUCCGAAGAGUGAUGGGUCGGAAAGACCAAAGGCCCACACCAUUGAGCCUGGCGAGAUGGGCAUCUGGGUGACCUGCCCCCUGCACAUGAAGGGCAAGGCUGCUAGAGAGAUGGAGGUCCUUUUUGAUGAGUACGCGGAGAAGAUGUAUGGAAUCAAGACCGAGCAAGGGCCUGUCGAUGGCGAUGACGAGGACGAGGGAGACAUUGAAUCCAUCAUUCAGAAAGAGGUCGGCUCCUUGAAAGACAAGAGCAAAAGUGCUUCAGAUCGAGUCUUCACUGAAGUUCGUAUCAACCAGGAGUGUCUACUGUUCAUGCGAUGCAAGGCACCAAUCGAACCAGUUGAAUUCUCGCGGCGCAUAUGCCAGGAUGCCCUCACUGUCGGCCACGGGAGCGCUCGAGCCCGAUAUUUGAACCGGCUGACACCUGUGACCAUCAUCACAAAGGCUACCGAGAGUGGGCUCGAGGAGGGCGCUAGAAAGGCUCUUGCUAGCCACUUCAAGCUCAAGCCGAAAGAAACAAGCACGGGCCCCGGUGCUGCUGAGAAGGACGGCCAAACAGGGGAGGUCGAGAACGCAGAUGGAGAGACGCAGCCAGCUACGUUCGCCAUCCGUCCUUCAAUCCGCAACCACAACACUCUGAAGAGGGACGAUGUCAUCAAACAGAUUGCCAACAUGGUUGAUCCACAACACAAGGUCAACCUCGGAGCUCCACACAAGGUCAUAUUAUUGGAUAUCUAUCAGACGGUCUGCGGGAUCAGUGUCGUCCCCGGCGACUGGGAUGUGCUGAAGAGAUACAACUUGACGGAACUCUAUAAACAGGCCAACGACUCUGGCAUCAAGGACACGAACGGCGAUGCUGGGAGAAACGGCAGCAAAUCUGCAACCAAGACUGAAGAGAAAGUGGUCGCCGAGCCAUGA